AUGAGGAACUGCGAUGGACCACACACAGGUGUCCCCCAGGGCAAGUUUGGCGCCCUGACCGCUGGGGUACCCGGCCGGUCUCCUCGCGACGUCAUUGUUGCUGCAGAAGAUGAGCGAGAGCUGCAUUUCAUCCCUGGAGCUGACAGGCAUGCUGGAUCUGGGCGCACCACUGUGCACCUUGAGGCGGAAGCCGCGGAGGGGGAGCGCCCGCAGUCCCCGGGGCCCAAGGUCCCCUCCUCGGGCUCCGUACCCUCCCCGCCAAAGCGCGAGAGCCAGCAUGACUCAGCACAGAAGACUUCGAGCGGCAGUGGGGACAACUCCACUAAGGGGGAAAGUGCCCGGAAGAAGCUGAGCCACCGCCAGGUGGAGGUCCUGGAAGAGGUUUUUCAAAUGGACCCGGCAGGCGUGCCAGAACACCGAGCCGCACUCGCGCGAGAGUUUGGCGUGGCUCAGCAGCAGAUCGCUACGUGGUUCCAGAACAGGCGGGCACGGGAGCGCAACCGUCAGCUGCAUCGGGACUUUGAGGCGCUCCGGGAGUGCCUCAUGGAGACAUCCAAUGACAACCUGCGCCUGCGUAUGGAGGUGGAAGAACUCAGGGCGACGCAUGCGCAAUGCAAGUCGGGGGCUGGGCUCGCAGCGAAACACGAGCCUGCCACGUUCCCUGCUCCUGCGCGCCACAGCCAGCCAGGGCGGACCCCUGGGCGCGACGCCAACGAGUGGACGGGGCGAGUCUACUGCCCCCCGGAUGUGAAGCACAAGUCCAUGCGGGCGGUGUCGCUGCUGGACCCCAGCGGCAGCUACGGCUCAGCGCCGCCCUCGUUCCGCUCGCCCUUGCCCGUGCCUUCUGCGAGCACCGACUCUCACGUCGCAGCUCACUUUCACCCUGGCUCCUUACCCCUCACGUUCGGCCUUCCCCCGCGCAACGACCCCUCCCCUUCUCCCGCCUCCCCUCCCGCCCUAUUUCCAUCUCUUCUGGAGCCAAAGGGCGACGUCACGCUGGACGAGGCCCUCUCCGGGGUGCUGCGGCACGGGCCGGGCCUGGGGUCGGCGGGAGGCCUUGUUCCAAGCCGGGGUGUCGGGGUCAGAGCUCUGCCGGCCCCGGGAAUCGCCGUUCCAGCUACCUCAGCGGGGGUGCCUGGGCAGCCCCUCGGGGGGGGGCUUGCAAGGUGGGCGGGGCAAGCGCAGGAGGCGUCGCCCCCGUGGGACGGUACGGAGGACCUCUGGCAGGGGAUGGAGCGGGUGCUGCCGGCGUGGUACUUCCGGAACCAAAGGGGAUAG